GGAAUGACGAAAGAAAAAACCCAGUGGAAGGAGCUUUUAGAGGCAUUAAGUGUUCUGCAGUGGGUACUAACGUUUCUCUUCUUAGGACUGUCAUGUAUCAUCUUGCUGGUGUGCCUUAUGUUUACCUCUCUAUGGCCGCUCUCCACCUUAUGCUUCGUAUGGCUGGUGAUUGACUGGCAAACUCCUGAAAGAGGAGGCAGGAGAACAACUUUUGUAAGAAAAUGGAAAGUAUGGGAACACCUCAGGGACUUCUUUCCAAUUAAAUUAGUGAAGACAGCUGAUUUGAGUCCAAACAAAAACUACAUCUUUGGCUGUCACCCGCAUGGUAUUAUGAGCGCAGGAGCCUUCAGCUGCUUUAGCACUGAGAGCUGUGGCUUCAGUGAGAUCUUCCCUGGGAUUCGGUCAUGUCUGGCUAUACUCGCUGGGCUCUUCAGGAUACCGCUGUUCAGGGAAUACAUAAUGAGUGCAGGCCUCUAUCCUGUCAGCAAAGCCAGCCUUGUCCACCUCCUUUCAAAGAGCGGCAAAGGAAAUGCAGUGGUGAUUGUCAUAGGGGGCGCUGCCGAGUCCCUGUCAUCCUCCCCUGGAAUGAACACAGUAGUCAUAAAGCAGAGGAAAGGAUUUGUAAAGGUGGCUCUUGAGUUUGGGGCUGACCUGGUGCCUGUUUACUCAUUUGGGGAGAAUGAACUCUUUCAGCAGGUGAUUUUCUCAGAGGGCAGCCUCGGUCGGAAGUUACAGGAUCUGUUUAAAAAGGUCAUGGGUUUUGCCCCAUGUCUGUUUGUUGGUGAGCGGUUUGCGCUUCUACCCUACAGGAAACCAGUCACUACAGUUGUGGGACAUCCCAUCCCGGUGCCCAAACGUCUCAUGCCCACAGAGGAGGAGGUGGACCACUACCACAGACUGUACAUGGAAGCCUUGACCAAGUUAUUCCAUGAACACAAGGUCAGCUGUGGUCUCUCUGAAAGCCACAAACUGCAGCUCAUUUAGCUCCUUCAGUUCAUGGUGAAUUUUGAACUGUUUUGAUCAGCUAUGUUGCU